ACAGCCCGCACGCCUUCCUUGAAACGCGCGCGCCUGCCUUCCAACGCCAUCAUCUCGAAACGCCCGCUGUUGCACGCGGCGCUGCCGAGUCCGUUCGCCAGCGCUGAAAAGCCAAAGGUGCUAUACAUCACGCGCACCUCGCCGUUCAUACCGACGUGCAAGCGGAUCCGCGCGCUGCUCGCGCAGACGCAGAGACGCGCUGCGCAAUCCGCGAGUGAAGUGCGAGGCCGCGGGAGGGGGUCUAGAGGGAGGGGUCGCGGGCAGCUGGAAGCAAACGGGCGACUCUCGGCGGCGGACGUCGAAGCCAGCAUCGCCGAGGGUGCGGGGAGAGCGAGGGGAAAGAGGGAGACUGGAGGCGGGGGUGAGGAAGUCUACUUGAAAGCGACGGGGCGGGCGAUACCGCGGGCGCUGGAGCUGGGUGUGAAGUUCCAAGGCGAGGAUGAUUGCCGCGUGCGGGUGGAGAUGGGUCGCGUGCAAGCGAUUGACGACGUGGAGAUGCAGCCGAGUCCAGACGGGGAGCCAGAAGACGAGGGAGAAGACAUGCCGGAGACGCGGAUACGCGUGCUCAGCACGGUGACGGUGAGCAUCGGGCUG